GCCGCGCCUUCCGGUGCGCUUUCCGGCCCACCUCUCCAGGCAGGAAGUGCCGGCCGCCGCCGCCGCCGCCGUCGCGCCGCAGCCCAGCCGUCGUCGCCGCCGUCGUCGUCCCGUGCGGGCAGCCGGGCUCUGGUGUCGCGCGUCGAAUUAAACAGCCACCAUGUCGAGCAAAAAGGCAAAGACCAAGACCACCAAGAAGCGCCCCCAGCGCGCAACAUCCAAUGUAUUUGCUAUGUUUGACCAGUCACAGAUUCAGGAGUUCAAAGAGGCCUUCAACAUGAUUGAUCAGAACAGAGAUGGUUUCAUUGAUAAGGAAGAUUUGCAUGAUAUGCUUGCUUCUCUAGGGAAGAAUCCAACCGAUGCAUACCUUGAGGCCAUGAUGAAUGAGGCUCCAGGGCCCAUUAAUUUCACCAUGUUCCUCACGAUGUUUGGUGAGAAGUUAAACGGCACAGAUCCGGAAGAUGUCAUCAGAAAUGCUUUUGCUUGCUUUGAUGAAGAAGCAACUGGCACCAUCCAGGAAGAUUACCUGAGAGAGCUGCUGACAACCAUGGGAGACCGGUUUACAGAUGAGGAGGUGGAUGAGCUGUACAGGGAAGCACCUAUCGAUAAGAAGGGGAAUUUCAAUUACAUUGAGUUCACGCGCAUCCUUAAACACGGAGCAAAAGACAAAGAUGAUUGAAAGAACUUUAGCUAAAACUUCCAGUUGCUUUGUCUUUGUUUUAAUUCUCAGACACUUUCCCCCACCCUCAUAGACCUGUUGCAUGCAACUUAGUUUCACAGCUUGGCCUCUUUUUUUGAUCUAUUUAUUCUAGAUCUUUCUGCCACUUAGCACUUGUAUAAUCAGACUGCAAAUGGGGUUGAGGUUGUAAAUUGUGCUGAAAAAGAGAUUGAGAAUAAAAAUCAACAAAUGUGAAAGCCCAGGAAAAUAUAUCUGGUAUUUCUGGUUUUGCUGGAUUUUUACAUUUUUAUAAUAAUAAAAACACUAUUUUGAAAUAAAGA